GUUAUGUCGUUGUAUUUUGCUUUUCUAUUGACAUUACAUUACUUCCAUCCAACUGUUACCACAAAUCGUCAAAGUGUCGUAAAGCUGCGAGGUGAAAGGUCAGAUUUUGGUAUGCAGCGCGCAUAGCGGAAUCCUGUGCUGUUGGGAGCUGCUGUUAUUCCGGAAAACUGCAUCAAUUCUCCAGGUCCCUGUCCUGAACUCUGCAGCCGACAGACACCAACAAGCCAGGAAUACCAGCGGACACCACCACCAUUCCGCACUCCUACGCACGGAAAAGUUGGAAGUGCUUCGUCUGUUGAAGCUGUUCAGAGGUCCUCAAGUUCAGACUAGCGCUAGCCUGAACCAUCCCACACCGACCACUCCCUAGCUAGAACCUCUCAUCCCUCCUCCAGUCGUCAUGGCGUCCGCAUCAGGAGACGAUCGGCCCCGCGUGCUCGUUACCGGGGCAACCGGCUUCAUCGCUUCCCACAUCGUGCAGCAGCUGCUGGAGUCCGGCCAGUACACGGUCCGCGGAACGGUCCGCGACCUCACGCAGAAAAACAAGAUCGCCCACCUGAAGGCGAUGGUGAACGCUCCCCCGGAUCCGGAACCUGAGCCGGAACCAAUCAAGGACGAGAAGAUUGAAGACAAGAAGGACGAAGACAAGAAGGACGAAGAGAAAAAGGAGGAAGAGAAAAAAGAGGAAGAAAAGAAGGAAGAAGAGAAGGAGAAGAAAGACGAGCCCGAGGAGAAGAAAGAGGAGAAGAUCGAGGAUGCUGCGGAGGGAGACAAGAAGGAGGAACCUGCAGCUGAUGCAACAACUGAAGAGAAGAAGGAGGAAACAGCUGAAGCAAAGACAGAAGAGAAAACAGAGGAGACCCCAGCUGAGGGAGGGGAGGAGAAGAAGGAAGGAGAAGACGUGAAGGCUGAUGAGACCAAGACGGAGGGAGACGGAAAGACUGAUGAUGAGAAAGUUGCUGAGAAGAAAGAGUGCUGGAGGGGCCUUAUUGAGGGGUGCACGUACGUGAUCCACACGGCCAGCCCCUUCCCCCUCACCAACCCUCGCAACGAGGAUGAUGUCAUCAAACCCGCCGUGGAGGGCACCACCAACGUGCUCAAGGCUGUGGCAGCUAACGGUGAGAUCAAGCGCGUCAUCCUGACCAGCUCACUGGCAGCCAUCUGUGGAAAUCUCUAUAUCAAACCAGCCGCGCCGGAGGCUAAUAAGGUCUACACCGAGGAGGACUGGACCAACACCGAUCGCGCCCAGGCAUACCUCAAGUCCAAGGCUCUGGCCGAGAAGGCAGCCUGGGACUACAUGAAGGACCUUAAAGAGGGGGAGAAGUUCGAGCUGGUCGUUCUCAACCCUGGGUAUGUGAUGGGACCAGUCAUCAGUAAGAACUCCUUUACCAGUAUGGAGGCUGUGGUCCGGCUGCUCCAGCGAUCGAUGCCGGCCGUACCGAAGAUCAACCUCAACAUCAUCGAUGUUCGCGACGUCGCCAAGGCGCACAUCGUCGCUCUAACCAAUGAGCAGGCAGCAGAUAACCGUCACAUCCUGGUGCAGGGGAACAUGUGGCUGCGGGAGGUGGCACAGAUCCUGGCUAAGGAGUUCAAGCCGCAGGGCUACAACGUGCCCACCAUGAGCUGCCCCAAGUUCCUGCUGCGAAUCAGCAGCUGGUUCGAUGGUGGCCUGAGGAUGGUCAUCCCCUACGUGGGGAAGGUCCUGACCUGCGACAACAAGCGCAUGAAGGAGGUGCUGGCCAUCGAGGAGCGCCCGCUCAGCGAGACCAUCCUCGACAUGGCGUACUCGCUCGUGGACGGGGGCUUCGUCAAGAAGACUUCCAAGUACAAGGGGCACCCCAAGAACAGGCCUGAGGAGCCCAAGGAGGAGAAGAAGGCUGACGGAGCCGUGAAGGAAAAUGGUGAGGUUUCCAUGACAACGCCCGCCGCCGAUAGCGAAGCCAAACCGGACACCACGGAAGAGCAAACUACUGACGAGCCUUCGCAGGGUGAGGAGCCACCCAAAGUUGAGGAAUUUCCCAAGGUCGAGGAAUCUCCCAAGGUCGAGGAAUCUCCCAAGGUCGAGGAAUCUCCCAAGGUCGAGGAAUCUCCCAAGGUCGAGGAGUCUCCAAAGGUCGAGGAGUCUCUAAAGGUUGAAGAAGAAACAGAAGAAUCUCCAGUUGUCAAGGAGACAGAGAUUACCAUAGAGAUGUCUGAUGUUCAGGAUGAACUGCCUGUUGCCACGGAGACAGAGCCUGAUGCAGAAUCACCUGUUGCCAUGGAGACAGGGCCAGAUGUAGAGUCACCUGUUGCCAUGGAGACAGAGCCAGAUGCAGAGUCACCUGUAACUACAGCAACAGAGCCAGCUCCAGAGUCACAUGUUCCCAUAGACACAGAGGCUGUUGAAGAGGCACCUGCCACGGAGACAUCGGUUGCCGAGGGAACAACAGUAACCAUGGAGACAGAAAGGCUGGAGCCGUCGGAAGAGCCCAAGGCUGACGGGGAGGUGAAGGUGAACGGAGAAGUCCCCACCCAGGAAGGAGACGCCUCCACGAAGGAAGCGGGCGAGGAGGGCGCCAAGGAAGACGUUACGGAAGAGAAAAAGGCUGAUGGAGAUGUGAAGGAGAACGGAGAGGUCCAGGGCAAGGAGGAGGCUCCCGCUGCGGAAGAUGCGCCCAAGGAGGAGACUGCAGAGGCCAAGGAGGAGAAGCCAGAGGAGGAGGCCGCCAAACCAGAGAGCACUUCACAACCCGAGGCAGAGGCAGCAGCCCCCAGCGAGUCGAGCGAGCAGCCGACAGAGGAGAAGAAAGAGGAUGCUGGGAGCGCGGCGGCUGCUGCUCCGGAGGAAGAGAAAAAGGAGUAACUCCCGCAUCCCCAGAGAAGAAUUCCUACCUACACAGAAUUUAUUGUGCAUUCCAAACGGUUCCUCUACUUAGUUGUCCUGACGUACGUUCUUUUUGUGUGGUUGUGGAAAAAAGUCGGAACCGUCAGGUUUCCAUGGCAACAGUAGUUUGUGGAAAUUUGAGAGAAAAGGCGACCUUUUAUGAAUUCUGGUGCUCAAGUAUGAGUGGCAAAGAAAUUUGGGCAAAAAAUGUAUGCGUGAAGCAGAAUGUGUGUUGUAUACAUGCUUGAGCGGUGUGGAAAUAGAGAAGAACUAAAAUUGUAGCGAAACUUAACAAUGUUCGCCACUUUUUGCUGAAAGCUGUCAAACUGUGGUAAUUUGAAUCGUACUGUAAAGUUGAAAAUCUGUGAGAGGCAGCCAGCCACCUUUCUUGCCUGUUGAUGACCUUAAUCAUGUGAUGUGCAUGUGAUGAUCAUGCUGUGUGCAUGUGACCAUCAUGUGAUGUGCAUGUGAUGAUCAUGCUGUGUGCAUGUGACCAUCAUGUGAUGUGCAUGUGAUGAUCAUGCUGUGUGCAUGUGACCAUCAUGUGCUCUUCAGCCUUGUUGCUGUUACUUCCAUGCACUUUUUCCUUCUGUGCCCAAACAGAUUCCAGUAAAACUAGCCCAGCAAUGUUGCAUGUUAGUCCAGAUUAGCACUAGUCUAUGGUCAUUGCAGAAAAUCAUGUCAAGUUUUCCAAUUUAGAUGAAUGAAGAAAAAGCACGGACAUGACCUCUCACACCCUUCCAACUUGCACUGUAAAACUGUGGCCUGUACCUGCCUGUUCUGUGGCCUGUACAAGCCUGUUCUGCGGCCUGUACAAGCCUGUUCUGUGGCCUGUACAAGCCUGUUCUGCGGCCUGUGUAAGCAUAAUCUGUGGCCUGUUCAAGCCUGUUCUUGCCCUCCAGCUAAUGUUUGGCUGCACGUUUUUGUGUUGUGGAAUCAUUGCCUCGUGUACAGUUACAAUUUACACUUUGUAAAGGGUGCAAAAAAUUAUUCCAAAAACCCCAAAAAAAUUAAAAAUUGUGGUAAUGUUGUAAGGUUUUGUCUGUAGCUAACUACUAAACUUACGACUGCGCAUCGUUAGAGAUUGCACCAAUCUGUCGCCACUUUAGAGGAGGUUUUUAGGGGGUUACCAUGGCAACACCACUCGUGGUAUUACAAACAAGAGGCCCUGCGGACUUGGAGAUGCACACGUCUGAUCGCUGCUCGAACAGGAAAAAAACAUCAUUAUCUUCCUCAAGAUCAGUCCGAAACUUGGGAAAAGAACGAUAUUGAUUAAAAAAAAAAACUCCAAAAGAUCUUUCCAGGAAGCAGGCACCAUUCCAUAUAAGGGCACAAAACUUACUUGGAACAUUCCAUGAUGAGUGGAGGCGGGGGUGAGGCAGCGAGCAGGUGUGUCGUCUCUGUACAAGGCAGCUCAUAGCGGGAGAAACACCAAAACCUCGAUGCGCAGUCGUUCGUUUCACAAAUCGUAAUCCAAGAUGGCUGACAGUUCGCGCCGGUAGACUUUCCCUUACCAUGGUUAGGUGACAAAGUAUCGUAGUCAUUAAACAUAAACUUUCUAUUUUAUGGCGGAUGGAAUACUUCCGAUCGACUACGAUAUUCUGUCUAUGCCACAAGAUCGUUAUCCAUUCUCAUCUACCCUACAAUGGAAUGGUUUGUGCUGAUUUGUGUCGCCACCAUGCCUGUAGCAGCAAUUAAGUGAGGAACCUUCCAUUCCAACAUAGGGGUGCAGCAUUUAAGGAUUUGUUUAUCAGAUGUGUAAGUCGUAAAGGAGUUUGCGGAUGUGACACCAAAUUUUCCAGCGUUGGUGCAAACAAAGCUCGUUGUAACAAGUUCCUCUACAACCUUCCCUUGUCUUAUUACCUCUCUACAGUUGCUUAUGAAGAAUCAGUUUCUCUACAUUGCCUGUUUGGUGCCAGUUAUUUCCCGUUUGGCCGUUCCCUGAUUGUCGAUUUCCCACGUGCCAAAGCUCUGCGACGUGACACAAACCCGACAUGUUCCCUGCUCGCACCUCUGUGUACGCUUCUGUCGACUUUUAAUCGUUUUGGACCGUUUUUGCACGACGUGUUAGCCACAAAUUUGUGGGCCAGCAUCUCUGGCAGGGUAGGAGGAGAGGUGGCCUGAUUGGCUUGUUGGAAAUCUAGAAAUCGAGACUUUGGAAUCAGUUGCAGAAAGGUUUGGAUCCUCGGAUCGUUUUCAGGGUUUGUUAUUUACUUCCGAGCACAAAUGUGGAAUAUUUCUUUCUGUAAAGUGAUAUGAUGAUAACAAGAUGUCUGUAUCUUUUGUAACAUUUUAAUAUUUCUUUAUGCCAAUUUUCUGUAUGUAUAAGAUUUACCUUCAGGUUACCACUACGAGUAUUACUAAUGUUGUUUAAGAUUAAUUAACAAGUUUGAAUCAGGACGUAAACAAGGUAUUUUUGUGUAGGAGUUAAGUUUUGAGUUGUGUUGUCGUGUGCCACUGUUUCUUGCCCAAUGUUACGAUAUGCACCAGAACAUGUAAAGCUCAGACGGAGGCUACCCGGAGGAAAAACUGUAAAAACAUAAUGGAGAGCCCCCUACUGGACAUUACCAAGAGCGCACCUUUCGACGGCCGUCUAAAUCCUCUUCAGGGCAGCGGUCAUUAUUGACCUGAAGAAGAUGGUGGGUGGUCAUGAAAAUGUGGGCUGGUGAAAUGGAGACAUUUACCUGUAGUUAUCCACUUAGGUAAAGUUUGAAUGCCUCCUGAGAAGCACUGUCUCAGCUUUACCUGUUCCUGAGCUAACGUCUUGCCUGCGUACCUGGUGACUUUAAGACACAGAGUUGCCACCUUAGAUGUUAAUAGCGGCGGUAAUAUUCCAUGUGAACAUGGGAGCAUCCAUUUCACUAGGAGGGGAGGACUGGCCACCCCUCACUAAUAUGCAGCACAACUUUGAUUUGAGCCCAGCCCUCCCCCUCUCUGUUAAUGGAUGUUCCCACCUUCCAGGACCCCGGACAGAACGUCACCGGCAAAUCUUGGAAUCCUCCCAGAAUUCCAGUCAGGAUUGCAUGUGAGAAUUCCAGUUCGGAUUCGAUGUGAGAAUUCCAUGUCAGGAUUCCACGUGAGAAUUCCAGAUAGGAUUCCAUCUGAGAAUUCUAGGCCAGAUCCCUUGUAAAAAUUCCAGUCCAAAUUCCAUGUGGAAAUUCCGUGUGAGAUUCCAUGUGAGAAUUCCAGACGGGAUUCCAUGUGAGAAUUUCAGACGGGAUUCCAUGUGAGAAUUUCAGACAAGAUUCCAUGUGGAAAUUUGGUAUUAGAUUCCAUGUCGGGAUUGAUGUGAGAAUUCCAGCCAGGAUUCUGUUGAGGAUUUAAUGUAGGAUUCUGUGCCAGAAUCACCCAGAGGGACCAGAGGGGACUGUCCGGGGCCUGGGGAAUUGUAGUGUGAAGGGUGGGGGCAAAGGUCAACUGUCAUCCAAUCAGCAAAGAGUAGGCUCCCACCCAGAUGCAUCCGGUGUGUUCACACCUGUCCUGUGACCUUGGAAAGAUUUUACUGUGUGGACAGUCUAGAAUUUCUCUUAUAAGGAAGACAGGCCAACAGCAAUCCUGGGUAACCAUGGCAACAUGAAUGACUGUCAAAAAUGUGUGGAGCUAAAAGGCACCUCAGUGACAAGCAUGCGGCAUGCCUUGUCUUGAAAGCAAGUUCAGCAUUGAUUGGCACGUUUCUAUGGUAACCAGAAUGAUUGACAGGAGCCUUGUGAUGUGAAACUACCCAUGAUGUCUUUACGUUGCCAUGGUAACCAGGAUGAUUGACAGGAGCCCCUGUGUGUUGGCCUGUCCCCGUGGCCUGUUGUGAGCUUACCAAUGACGUCUCUGCCUUAACUGUGUGAUUGUGAGUAGAACUGUAAAAUCUACCAGCUUUUCUACACGAGUCCGGCUUCAAGCGAUGUUUUCUUACCUGCAAAUUUGUUGCCCUCUAUUUUUUUGCAUAAUUUGGAAAAAAAACUGAGUCCUAUUGAGCCAUUUUGUAUGCUUUACUUCAAUAUGGAGCUGAAUUUGUCAUGAACUCUAUUUUUGCAUUGUUGAUGAUACCUGGAAAUAUUUCCUGAAUUGACUGUUUUGUACGUUUACAUGUUGUUAGUUAUGAGAACGAAAUCUUCAAAAUUAACGUAUAGCUAUGAACAUUCGGUUCCUAUCAGAACGAGUUCACGAAUCUCUAAAAUCCUUGUCUGCCAUUGUACUAUUGCAGUACCCCGUGUGGUCUGUAGGGGGAGCCAGUAACAUGUCACCUGGCACAUAACCACAGCGCCUCCUAUGGACUCCUGUGGGCACUGCAGUACUGGCUAGAUGUGUAGUCAGCUGGCUCUCGCCCUACCUGUAGUGUAGUUAGGCAGUGGACAUUACUAGCUAUUGUGCAGCAGUGGAGGUGUUCAAUGUAUGGACGCUCUGCCAAUAAAGUUCAUUCGCUUUCUAUGUUGUAUAUAUAAAA